AUGGUCGUCUCAUCGAAUACAGGCCCACCACGGCUCGACCUCGCACUCGGCCGGGGUCGCCGCGGCACGUUUGACAGCUUCGACAGCGGCAGCGAACGCGGAUUCCACCCUCGCACGGCACGCUCGUCCAACGACCUCUUCACACAAGCCCUCGGCAGGAUCGAUUCGGCAGAUUGCGACUCGGAAUGGGGCGCGGUGCGCGCGAGCGCCAGGGAGAACUGCGACAGAGGGGGAGGCAUGGCGGACCUCAUCGACUUCCUCCGGACCACCUCGCCGCCGCCAGAGUUUCCUUCACAACAAUCCCUCUUUGAAGACGACGCCGCCACCACAGUCGUCACCGAAUCCCAGGAGCAGCAGCGGGAGAGAUGGGGACUGCUCAGGAAGCUGCGGAGGCCGCGCACGCGAGCCAGGUCAGAGUCCCCCGUCCGCCGGCCCCGGACCGCAGGACUCCCCAACUCUGCUGUCGCAUCCAAGACGAGCAGCGGCAACUCGCACAUCGCAAUUUCCAUCCCGCUGGAGUAUUGCCACGUAGGACCGGACUCUGACUGGGCCCUCGCCAUCUUCAAUGCCACGCCACCAUUACCCCCGACUCCCCCGGUAAGAAACAGCGACGAGGAAACCAGGAACGGCGUCAGACCUUAUGCUAGUGACCGUACGGUUACCGUUCUCAAGACCGUCAGUGAAAAGGGAUCCAUCUCGACGCUCGACACGAUGAGCGCCAAGAGGGGAUGCAAGGGCUCGGUGUCGAUAUGGCCCAAGAUCAACCCCAACCCCAUGAGCCCGCCCAGGACGCCUUACACGACACCUCCGGGCAGCUUGCGUGGGCGCUCUUCAAUGUCAAAGACUAGGCGCGACCGACUGCCUCCUCCGCCGCCUCAGUACGCCGAGCUCCCGGCCGAGCCCGUCCACGCGGCCAAAAGCUCUUAUAGCAGUCUCAACAAAGAGUGUGGGUUCUCUAAGGACGAGGGUUCCAUUGCUCAGAUCCCCAACACGAAGAGACCCAGAGCGAGAACAACACCAAGGCGACCUGAGAACAUCGUGCUGCCGCCGAGAAGUUCGAGCAUCAAAAUUGUGAGGCCACACCCAGAUGCAGUGCUAGACAGUCAGAGGUCGAUCGAUGACAUCCUGGGCGGCGGUUCCCAGCGCCAAAGUAUACUGUCAGAUGGCCCUCAGCUGAGUCCCGGAGCCUUUUCCGAGGCACACUCCAUCAGCCCAAGCAUCGCAACGACAGAGUUGUCGGAGCCGGUCGUAUCGAGCGCACGGUCUGCAAAGGCAUACUCAAUGGCAUCGAUUAAGCAAUCCGACAUGCCGGUGCUACCAUCUCGUCAGUCCUUUUCUGUCCGGCCGGGGAGCAGCGAUACAGCGCAGACCACUCUUGUUGGAGAGUCUCUAGCGUCUCGGAAUCCCUCUACAAGAACGGCUGCCUCGCGGCAAAGUCGCAAGGAGCGUGUCAAGUCUCUCAAGCAAAGAGACAUGGAUGCGUUGCGAGCCCUCACGAGACAAGGACCCCAAGACGAUGACGGCGAGAGGACGCCGAGGCCCAGGACCUGCGAAACGGUCAUCAGCUCCCUGCGCCUCCCUUCUCGUGAUGGUACGUUCGGGUCCAAGGACCACCUACCGCAAACGAAAUUAUCCGCCACGAACUUGGCACACAUGGCCAAGUCUCACAAGAAGGCGACAAAACACAACAAGAACGGCACUUCAACAAAGAUAUCAGACUGGCAGGCCACGCAAGAUACCGAGACGGAGACCAUAGGCUGGGAGACGGCGCGAGAGGAGCUUACGCCCGGUUGGGAAUCCGCGCUGGAGACGCCCACAAUCGACUGGGACAAGACGCCGUUUCUGGGGGACAUCACGGCCGCCGACCACCGGGCCUCGACGGACACGAUGGACACCGCCGCCAACACGUUUGGGAACGGGGACGUGAGAGACAGCACGCUCAGCUCCGAGCCGCCGCGUCGGUGGGGGAGCCUUCACCGCGCCAGCUGGGCGAGCUCGGUGCCACUCUUGGACCGCAUUGGAAGCUUCGCGCCCUCCGACGCGAGUGCCGUCGCCCAGGCGGUAGAGAUGGACGAUGGCCACGCAGAACCGCGGCCAGCUCGCAUGACGCGCGCCGACUCGGGCACUCUUUCACAAGCGGACGCGGACCGGCUGUGCUCGAACCGCUUCAGCUUUGCGCUGUCCGACGAUAAGGUCAAGAUCGAUGUCGCGGACGACAGCCAGUCCAUCGCGGGCAGCAUCGCUGCCUUCCCCAAACCCGGCUGCGGUCCUCGACUGAGCGCCAUCAUGCCCGUCGCUGAGGUCGUCCCCUCGCUUCCGGUGGACGAGAGGUGGUCUGCGUCAACCCUCAACUCGCCGGUAACAGUCAUCGAGGUCUCGCACCCGCCCUUUGCGACCAGCCAGCCGCAAGGAGAAGCUCCCACGCAUGUUGCGCGCCCACAUACGGCGGGCAACACCAACCCCGUGCUCUUCAACACCGCCAGGGCCGAGGGACAUGUCAACCGUUCCGACAGCAAACGAGAGCCGACGGUAUCAACUGACGACCCCGCCGGCGACGCAGACGAAACAGCAACCCUGCGACCGAAAAGCCUCCGCUCGCAAGAGGGAGGAGACGCAGGAACAGUAGCAGAAGCAGGAGCUGGAGCAGACCGCGACCCCCUCAACCUGCUCAACAUGUCAGCCCGCGAACUCCGCAACCACUACGCCAACCUCCGCAGCGUCCAGGUAAACCACCUCGCGCACGAGAUGCUCCGCAACCAGGAGCGCCUCGAGCUGCGCAUGCACCAGCAGGAGCGGAACCAGAUGCUCUUCAUCGAGCGCCUCGAGCGCUGCAUGAGCGACCUGCGCAGCCUCCCCGGGUCGCCCCUUUUCGGCCCCGCCGGACCGCGCGGGGGAGCAACACUCCCCGACUGGCCCCUCUGCGGCGGCGGCGUUGGUCUCGGUGACGACGGAGGGGACGACUACGUCUACGAAGAGCAGCACAUCAGCCGCGACGCGAGGCACGAGGUCCGCGUGCGGAGGACGGGCCGCAUUCGCGGGAACACUACGAGCACCACCGCCACCACCACCACCACCCGGACAUCACAGCGGCAGCGGCAGUCCGAGGAGUCUCACACCCGGGGGAACGGUGUUGGAUGCACAGGUGGCGACUUUGACGAUUUUGACGGGGACUUUGUGAACCUCAUCCACCCCCGACAGAGGCGCCCGUCCACCUCGCACGAGAUCACCCCUCGCACCAGCGUCAGCAUCGGCGGCGGCGGCAGGGCGGUCCGGGGAAGUAGGCACCAGGCGGUGAUGAUGCAGCCGCUCAUCACGCGCGGGGGGCUGGACGCCAUGGAGCCGCUGAUUCGGGAGCUGCAGGUUGCUUCGCGGGUGAGUCUGGAGGCGGCGCGGACUGAUUCCAGGACGGAGACGCCGUUGCCGGAUACGGAGUAUUACUAUAGUUUGAUUUAG